GCCGAAGUCGAGGUGAACCAGUCGCACAGCUGACGAAUUUUGCACAUCUUGUCAAGUUGGUUUUUUAUGUGAUACCCGUCAAACAUGCUUAUUAAGACGAAAUUCAAACUUUUCAUGUUGUUUACUGCAUUUAUGUUUAUUGUUCUCUUCAUUGCAAUGAUGCUUUUCGCUGGAGAGGACAUCUACAUUGACGACACCUACAAUUACCAGUCACAUCACGAAGAUCCAGAUGCAAUAAAUCCAGAUGAGGAAAAGAAAAAGUCAGGGGAAAAAAUAACAGAACCGUUAAUACUGUGGUGGACACCAUUUACAGGAGAACGUGGGAGAUACAAAAAAUGUGGAAAUGUCAAGUGUUUCUUCACUGUUAACAGGCAUUAUAUGAAUAAUCCACAAACUAAGGUGUUCAUGUUUUAUGGGACCGACUUCAAGUACUUUGAUCUACCACUACCACGAAAACCUCAUCAUGAGUGGGCAUUACUUCAUGAAGAGUCUCCGAAAAACAAUUAUCUAUUCUCCUUUGAAGAAGUUAUGACAUUAUUUAAUCACACUAGUACAUUCAGGAGAGAAUCGGACUACCCUAUCACCACUCAGUAUGUAGACAGUGCUGCCUGGCUAUUCAGUUCCCACUAUCUACUAUCUGCCAAAGAGAAGACAAUACAAUCCAAAGCCGAGGGCCUGGCCCCAAUGAUCUACGCACACAGUGACUGUGGCACACCCUCUGACAGGGACGGUUAUAUUCAUAAAUUGAUGAAGUACAUUAACAUAGACUCCUAUGGAUCAUGUGAACAUAAUAAGAAUUUGCCAGAUCAUCUCAGAGAUCCCUUGAAAGGCAUGUUUCAUGAGGAUUUUUUCAAACUCAUUGCGAAAUAUAAGUUUGCUGCUGCGAUGGAGAAUGGUAUCUGUAAUGACUAUGUAACUGAAAAACUUUGGAGGCCACUGUUUGUUGGAACAAUUCCCAUUGUUAUUGGAUCACCUAGAAUCAAGGAUCUCCUCCCCUCCAAUAAAUCAGCUAUCAUUGUGGAUGACUUUGAUUCUAUAGAAGAAUUGGCCAACUAUCUUAAAUUUCUUGAUGAAAAUGACGAAGAAUAUGACAAAUACUUUGAAUGGAAGAGAAGUGGAAUAACAAAUAAGUUGUUAUUAAGUCUUUUGAAAGACAGAGAGUGGUCCAUCAAUGACUAUGUUUCCAAUAAUGCUAUUAAUUUUAUCGAUGGUUUUGAGUGUUUUGUUUGUAAAAGGAUACAUGAAAAUAUACAAAGGGAGAAAGAGGGGAAAAAAAAGUUAAAAUUUCAGGCAACUAUAGAUCAUUAUGGUUGCCCAGCUCCUGCAAAGUUUGAUGAUAAAGGAAAGAGAACUUUAUAUAAUGAUGACUGGGAUUAUGAGUACAAUCACAGUAAAUAUUAUGCCAAAGCUCUUAGACAUCACUUAGAUUCUAAUAAAACAGUAGAUCGUGGUAGUGUAGCAUCAACUGCAAACCGAUUCCGAGCAGCGGGAGAUCUAAGAUGACAAUUAAAGUAAUGUAGGCGAUUAAAUUUUUUUUUUGCAUUUAUAGUUUGAAAUUUUUGAACCUCGAUUUACUGACUAGGUUUUUUUAUACAUAUAUUUUCUCACUUAUUAGAAAACUUUAACAUACAUCUACAUUUAUAUCAAUCCAUAUCUACAUUGUUAGCAUAUAUAUACAUGUAUAUAGAUGUAUAUGUGGGAUAUAAAAUGGGUGUUGGAAAAGAGUGUCAUAUGCAAUUGGUCUGAAGAGGAGUAACUGUGCAAUAUUAUUUUUUUUUAUUUGUAAACACUGAAAAUGACGUUGGAUUGCAAUAUUUGGGGUCUAUUUUCUAUCGAUGGAUUAAAUAAGUUUUUUUUUUCAAAGGGUUGGGGGUUGUAAAUAUAAAUAUUUUGGGUGCUAACAUCUAUAUUUAGAAGGGUGCCCUUUCAUAACUUUAGUCAAUUUUGCUUACCUUUAUGUAGAGAUAUAAUUAUCUUUUGUUCUGACAAUGGUAAACAGUCACUUGUCAGAAAACUUAGAAGACUCUUUCAGAGGGCUUUAUCACUUAAUGUUGUUUCAAUAUAAAAUCACCCUUCGUAUCUAUGAUUUUUUUUGGCUUGUAUUAUUUUAGAUUUAAUGUUUCAUCUUUUACUGUUUUAUGUAUAAUUAUCAUACAAAUUCAAAUGUUGAUUUUAUGAGAAUCGCAUUGUUUUAGCCAUUAUAAAUGGAUUUUUUUUAGGUUAUUUAUCCGUUAUCAUAAUUUUUCUAAAUCAUUACUAUCCACUUAUAUUUUUUUUAUGUCUAAAGUUGGUAUAUCCAUUUCUUGAUAUAAAAAAGGAGUUGACCAAUAAAUGAUUUUUACAAUUUUUAAUCUGAUUUUUAUGAUCUCGACUUGUGUAAUCUGAUUUUGUUUAAGAUAUUUACACGUAUGGUGUAUUAAUGGGCAUAUUCAUGUCAGAGGUUUCAAAUUACGUGUAGAAUCAAUGCUGUAGUAUUUGCGUAUUUUACAAAUAUUGAUGCUGUCGUUCAACUGUCUUCCUAAUUUUUAUUACUAUUGAUUAUGGUUAUUUUUAAAAUGUUAAUCAUAUUGUUGCCCAUUUAUAAUGAUUAUGAAAAUAAAUGUGUUAAUAA